AUGAACGUGACGCUAAAAUGUCGUGACAAGGACUGUGAUGUGCAUCGUUAUGAGCGAUGCGGCCAUGCAGAGCGAGAGCAGGACAUCGCGGAUGGCAACGAACAGCAUGCAGAACAGAAUGGCGCACUUGGCCGCUGGGCUGGACAGCAGGCGCUCCUGUGCCUUGGUGAUGUCGGUCACAACGUAGCGGGACCCCAAGUUGAGCAUCAGCAUGCUGACCCCGGCAAAGAGUUUGCUGGUGUUCAGCUGCACAAGCAGGUCAUACAUGACCGCGGACGGCUAGGCGAUUUGAUUGGCUGGGUGGCUCCGAUCAGCAUGUCCACCUCGGCGCAAGCCAUGGUGACGCAGCCUGCCAUCAGCAGCCCGGCUGUCAAGUCCAGGUUCAUGUAUGUGCGAGGCCACCCUCGGGGCCGGGAGGGCGACAGCGUGUGCAAUGUGGUGGUCGGCCAGGAGUCACACUACGAUGCGUCACUGGCACCCUUGGCGGCUACCCAGGCGCAGGUGCAGGUGGCAGGCCUCAGCAGCAGCGACCCGGCAACCCUGCAUCCCGAUGGCGCAUUCAUGGAGUAUGACGACUUUUACGGCUGGGACCACCAGUACACAUCUGUUCUGGACGGCACUCGGGCAGGGCAUGCAGGUGGCGGCCCUGGCGCCAGGUGGGGCUCACCGUGCAUGACUACGAGCGAGCAGCUCACCGUGAAUACUCGGGAGAUGGAUCAGGAGGGUGAGGCGCAGCAGGAUGCGCAGCAGGCGGCAAAGGUGCUGAGCCCCCCCAGCAGUGUGGCCGAGGGCUACAUCAACAGCACGGGCGCCAACGCCUCGCACAUGAAGCACGUAUGCGACCUGCUGCUGUACGUGCUCUCGGGCAUUUUCCUCAUCCUGAUCAUGGAGCAGUUCCUGUGGCUCGGCAUGCGGAUGAACAGCCGCGUGCAAUCCUGCUUUGACGCCAUCCUGGGUCGGUGCCGCAAGCGCAUGCAGGCAGCAGUCAAAACUGGUGUGCUGUACAUCGUGUUCGACGUCCCCGAAUUCAUGAUUGGCCACCCCCCCUACAACAUCUGCCAGUGCAUCACUUACCUCAUGGCCCAGCUGACAAAGGCAGGCUUCACCGUGCGCUACCUCUUCCCCCGGGCGCUCAUCAUUUGCUGGGGUGCUGCGGCUCCACCCCCACCCGUGCUGCCGCUGCCACCACCGCCCGUGCGGCUGCUUGAAGCAGCAGCACAGCAUCGUCCACCACCUGCCGAGAACGGUGCUGGAGCCGCUGGACCCCUUGCGCCGCGGGCAGUGCUUGACAAGAAGCCAGGCGGCAAGCUGACCUUGGACAUAUGA